AUGGCUCCACGCUGUCACCUCUACUUCCUCCUCGCCAAGAUGCUGUGUCUUCUCAUCAUCUCCGGUAUCCAGGUCCGAGCACACGGGAAGAUGUUCGUACUCCGGCCACAGAAUGGGACCACGCGAUGGGACAUGACCACAGCACAAGGCUUGUGCAGAGAGCAGGGGGCACGCCUGGCCACAGCUGAGGAACUGCGGCGAGCGGUGGAGGAGUGCUCGUUCACAGAGUGUACCACUGGCUGGAUCGCAGGCAACCGGAUCGGGAUAACUGUGUGCAGUAACAUGGCCUUUGGCCAACAGGAGCUCAAAACUGUCAGUGUAAAAACUGAAGCAGCUUCUUCAACUGGUCCGUAUGAUUCAUUCUGCAUUAAAGAUCAAGGUAAGCCUUGUGGAGACCCUCCCUCCUUUCCCAACACCAACCUCCAGGGCCACACUGGAACUGAAAUGGGGGAUGAGCUACUUUAUGUCUGUGCCCAAGGUUAUGUCAUGGCUAACGGGGAGAAUGCUUUCAGCUUGUUGUGUGACAGCUGUGGAGAAUGGUAUGGAUUCGUCCAAGCCUGUAUAAAAGAUGAAACUGAGGGACACAUUGACUAUGAAGACAAGUUCCCUGAUGAAGAAUCCAUGUCAUUUUCAGAUCCUAAUGAGCAAGGCAAAGUCGUUAUUUCUGAGGAUGAUGGGGAAGGUAUGGAUGCUGAACUAGAUGAAGGAGCUGAUGGCUCAUUAGGGGAGAAUGGCCAAGAAACACUCAAACCAACUGAAUCACCGGUUUCAUUACUCAGCCAGAAACAUCUGUUUUGGUUCCCCUCAGAGACACUCCCCAACACUGACCAGCCUGAUACCAAGGAGCCAGACAUGGAAUCUGAAAUCCAAAUUACUUCAAGUGAUAAUCAAAUUGGAAUGAAAACUGAUGCUACCAAAGGGAUCCAAACAGCUGAAGAUGAAGACUUGCCUGCUGAACCAUCCAUUGUGCACAAUGAGACUAAAGUUACCAAGGAAACAGUUGCCAGUACAGAUGAAUCGUGGGUGGAUGGCUAUCCCAUUGUACCAGAGGCCCGAGGGGAAGGUGAGAAAGCUGAUGGAUCAAUGGAAAUUGAGGACGAAACUAUUGUCACCUCAGAUCAUUCCAACCAUAUUGAGAUCAGCAGGCCAAACAUUCAAAGCACAACCUCUGCCACUCACUACACACUGAUCAUAGGUGUACCAACUAGAGCGCCUGAUCAAGGAGUUAAACAAGUGGACACGGGUCUAACACUAAGCACAGAACCUGAACAGGUUAGUGCCAGUAAAGCUAUUGAAGAUGCCAAUCUCUACACAACUACUUUCUUGAGUAUAGGCACAGAUGAGUCCUGGAAAUCUUCUGAUGAAAUUACUGAACCUUCACUGCCUCCGACAAGCACUGCAGAAACAGUAAGUGAAGGUUUAUAUCCUGUAGAUCACGUCCCAACGUCCACAGAUGAGAUCUCAACCCAUCAGUUUUUGACUUUAGGCACACUUGAAUCAAGUACUCGGACUUUGGUAGAUUUUACAGAAAUAGACACGGAUGAUGGCUUCACUAAAAGGGGGAAUUUCAGCGAUGGUACUGAGGCCAAACUGCUCCCUACCAGCGAAAGCUGCAAAGGGGAGGAGUGCUCAAGCUCAAGCAAAGGCCCCAUAAUUGCUGUCAUUGUCACUGUGAUUGGUCUGCUGGUAUUGGCAGCGAUACUGGCCGUGUGGUGCUACAGACGCAGACAUCAGAAAACAUCUGUGUACCAGAUGAAUGGAAAGGGGCAGGUCAGACGCAGUGAGCACAUUGAGAUGCAGCAUAAAGUGUAAGUGGAAAAUCUGCUUAUUGAGGGAGGCUCCACAAUCAAAGUGGGGCCCAUCAGAACGAACCCAUCUUAAAAAUGGGAAGCAUUACAAUACAGCAUGAGAUGUCUUAAUUUUAAUAUGCUUUGGACAAUCAUCAUUACAGCUUAAAAUACCUGGAAUAUGCAGAAUGAACAAUGAGAUUUGAUCAAUCAAGCACAUAACAGAUUGGGGGCGGUGAGGAAGGACAAAAUCUGUUUCCAAUGGAAGAAUGAUGGGAGUACUAAUGACCUUCUCAGUCGGGACACAGUCCCGCUGGGUCUGCGAUUGGAUAUUAUAAAUUUGCCUAGACAUCCACAUCGGAAUCUUGUAAAACAGAGGGAGGGAGCUUUAAUUGGCUCCUGUCAGA